CUGAUUUAGCCUUAAAGGAGACGCAACACUGAGUGUAUUUCACCGGUCCACGUUUAGGCUAGGCAAGAGAAGGGGUUUACUAUAGCUUUAAGAAAUAAUAAAGUAGUGGCCGGGUCUUUAAAAAUAAAAAUAUUGAAACUAAUAAUAUUGCAAUUAUUAAUUGCCGGCGGGAAUUGAAAUAGGUUUUGUAGCAUACUUUUUUGUAAAUGUUUUGUGUGGCUGACAUACAGCUAGAAUGCGUCGUUCUUUAUAACUGUGCCUUUGUAUUUCUAACCCGUUUCACUUAAAAAAAAAAAAAAACAACAACAGAUAAACGCCUUCAGCGAGAGACCGAAUAAAAGUUAAAUAAACGGGGAUGGACCGGGACGCUUCCCGGGCCGCAGGUUGUAGCACGGAGGCAGGUGGAAACGCUAAACUCGUUGGUGAGAAGGCCUCUGCAACAUCCUCGGGCCCCCGUGUUGUUCCCGGCGCGGGAAGAGUCCUGAGAGAACGCGGAAUCAGUCGUUCACAGACCGUGGCUUCUUCGCCGGUCCACAAUAACUCUAGGUCAGACUCGGGACGAGUCUUACGAGACCGAUCUUCUCGAAGGACAACGGCGUGGAGGGAUUCCGAAAGAAGCAGUAAAACUAGUGGCCAGGUCCCGAGUGCUGUAGCGAAAAGCCGGAGGAAACCUGAACACCCACGCCGCAGGAGGAACACUGGAAGCCGCUCGGAGACAUCAAAAGACACCGGGGAUGACAGCGGCCUACCUAUGGAUUCUGAAGAUAAGAAAGAGUCCUUGGAUAAAGACACUCGGGGAUCCAGAAUACGACGGCCCCAGGCUGCCCCACGAGAGCGAGCUGCCUCCGUGCGGGAGCCACGUGCCACAGCCACUCUGGUGUGCAAAAGUGAACCGGAGUCAGAGCCCCAACGCAUGCCUUUGUCAGGUGAGCUGUGUUUGUCUGCAGAGUCAGCAGACAAUGUGGUGAACAAGAGCGGCGGCAGUGAGGAUGACGAGCGCGGUGGUGGUGAUGAAGAUGAUGUACUUAUUUCUGAAGAGGAUCCUCCUUUUAGAGAUGACCCAAGUGACCUGAACUACAAACCUGAAGAUGAAAGGGAGCCCCAGAAACCACGUCGGCGAGUCCCCCGGCAGAAAGAGAAGAAGGAUAAGGAGAUAAAAAUGGAGGAAGGAGAUGAUGUCAGCGUGAAGGUGGAGAAUGAGUUUGGAGAGGACGAGGAGCCACCUCGCAAGCGUGGUAGGAGGCGGAAAGAUGACAAAAGUCCUCGUCUUCCAAAAAGAAGGAAGAAGCCACCAGUGCAGUAUGUCCGCUGUGAGAUGGAAGGGUGCGGCACUGUUUUGGCUCACCCCCGUUACCUCCAGCACCAUAUAAAAUAUCAGCAUCUCUUGAAGAAGAAAUAUGUGUGUCCACACCCAUCCUGCGGGAGGCUGUUUCGCUUGCAGAAGCAGCUGCUCCGUCAUGCAAAGCACCAUACAGAUCAGAGGGAUUACAUCUGUGAGUACUGUGCCCGUGCCUUCAAGAGCUCCCACAACCUGGCCGUGCACCGCAUGAUCCACACGGGGGAGAAGCCGCUACAGUGUGAGAUCUGUGGUUUCACCUGUAGACAGAAGGCCUCGCUCAACUGGCACAUGAAGAAGCACGAUGCCGAUGCCUUCUACCAAUUCUCCUGUAGCAUCUGCGGGAAGAAGUUUGAGAAGAAGGACAGUGUGGUGGCCCACAAGGCCAAGAGCCACCCGGAAGUUCUGAUUGCUGAGGCGCUGGCAGCCAAUGCAGGAUCCCUCAUCACCACCCCUGCACCCCUGCUAGAGGGGCUGCCUGGAGUGGGGACUGAGUCUGGGGCUGGGGUGGAGCAGGUAGUAUCUGUGGGUGGUGAUUCUGACCAGGCACUCCCUCCUGUACCGGUACCCAUUUCAAUGCCCUUGGUGGCCCAGCAGUCGGUUACCCCUCUCUCCCCACAAACACAGCUUCCACUCCUGCCUCAGAGUCUAGGACUGGGGUCCAUCUGCCCACUAGCCCCCUCCUCCGUCACCACCACUGCCACCUCCGGCAUAAACCAGGCCCUCGUGUCCGAGGCCCAAGGCAGCGUAAUCUGGGAGGGCGAGGGGCUGGAGGCAGGAGGAGUGGUGUGGGAGCAACAGGGGAGGCAGGAGAGGGUGGAUCACGGGCAGAUGGCGUGGGAUAGGCAUGGGCAGGUGGAGAGACAGGGGGUGGAUGGAGGGCUGGGCUGGGAAAGGGAAGGGAGCAGAGAUGGUUUACUAGGGAAUGUGGAAGAACACGUCCAUCAUGGGACCCACCAUGGUUUGAUGUAAGGCUGGGGGGGGAGAAUAAGGUAACAGUUCUGGCGCAAAGGCUUUAACAUUGUAUAAUUAAUAUGCUGUAUUUUCACAGAUAAGUACAUUGCAGAUAGAUAAAUAUACUACUAUAUCAGGGAAUACAAGUUCAUGUCUUUUUUUUGUACAUAGGAUAUUUUAGGGUGUAUUUAACUCUCUCCAUCUUCUGCCGUGUAGGUGUGAGAGAGACUGAAGCUAAGAGUAUGGGUGUCUAAUGCAAAAAAACACCUUUAAUAUGUCCUCCUUUUAACUUGGUCGUGAUAUGUCUAAAGCAUUAAUACAGUAUUAAUGUACAUUUUUUAAUUUAUUUUUUUUCCCCCAUGUGUUGAAAACGAAAUCUAAAAUUUGUUGCCUCCAUGUGCCAUUUAGCAAAGUUCUAGCAGUCAAGCUUCUGUUUUGAAUGUGAGAACGGCUCAGUUUAGGUGCUGAGUUUUGAAUUCUUUUGGCCUUUUGUCAAACCAUCUGCUGUUCCCCACGGACCCCCGUCCUGUCAUUGUAUCUGUGUUUUCACAUGUGUCAGGUGUGUCACACAGCCUGGUGUGGGUGGGUAGGCCACAGCAAAGCACAACGCAGCUCUGAGGUGUGUUAUGCAUCUUGUUACUGAAGCCAUAGUGGAGAAAACUAUAUGUUCGCACGUGCAGGGGGGGAGACUUUUUUUUUUUUAAUUGCCACAGAGCAGUGCAAAGUUUUACGGCAGAUAUUUUGUGUUUUGAAUCCUGUGGUGAAUGCUAUUUGCAAAAUAAAAAGUGGCUGUCAUUUGUGGAGACCCAGAAGUAGGUAUGUUAAACUCCUAAAAGCAGUGUUUCCUAAUCCGGUCCUCAAGGACCCACAGACACUCCAUGCUUUUGCUGCCUCCCAGCUCCCAGUAAAAAUGUGGACUGUCUGGCAGGGAGCUGGGAGGCAGCAAAAACAUGGACCGUUUUGGGAAAGACUGCCUAACAGGGUUUACUAGCACAUGGCCGUGGACUGAGCUGUGUAGCAAUGGCCACUGACUCUUCUGUAGACCUGCAUUGCAAAAGAAAGCAAACAUGGAAUAAAAUCUCAAAAGUGUGA